AUGAGUACCAUGCUAUACGAACAAUAUCAUUCUCAAGAUCUUUUGACGCCAUCCAUUGGCGAGGAUGGCAUCGAUAAAUUAGAUGCUAGUUUAACAUCACUUGAUUUUUAUUUACUUGAUGACAUCGAUGUUUAUUUAUCUUCUAUUCAAUCAACAACAAAAACUAUACAUAAAGAUUUAAAUGACGAUAGUCUUAAUAAUGAUAAUAGUCAACCUCAAGAAGAAUUUUUCUCAGAUUUUGAUCUUGUUAAUUUCAAUGAUUUCGACGAAAAAUCAGAUUUUUUUGCUGAUUCAAUCUCAAUAGAUGAAAUUGAUAUUGAAAAAUGGAUAAGUCAAUCAUCUUUUCCAUCACCUCCCAUGGAUACAAAUAAUUCAUCACCAUCAUCAACUAUUGAUGAUUCAUCAUCAAUAGAAUAUACAAUUAAUAAAGAUAUGAUUGUACCAUCAUCACCAUCUCUAUCAUCAACAGAUUUAUCACCAAUACCAUCAACAAAAAAAUCAAAAUUAUCACCUCUUGAACGUAGAUUACGAAAAAAAAAUCAAAAUAAAACAGCAGCAGAAAAAUAUCGAAUUAGAAAAAAAUCUGAACGUAAUCAAUUACUUGAUCGACAAUUAAUAUUAAAAAAUACAAAUAAUGAAUUAAAAUCAGAAUUAGAAAAUUUAACAUAUCGUAUACAACAAUUUAAACAAUUAUUUGUUGAUUUACUUCAAAUUGAUUUAACAAAAUCAAAUUAA